AUGUAUGUAUGUAUGUGUAUGUGUGUACAGUGCACUGUCUGUGUUAACCUUGAAAAAAGAUGAGGUAUAGUAUAGUAUAGUGAGUGCACACCUGUAUUGUGCGCAUUAAUAUUAACUUUUUGGUUGUGAAGAGAGAGAGAGAGAGUAUAGACACCUAAGCCCUGAGCUGUUAAGCUUAAGCCCAACUCUAAACACAACACGACUAAUAACUAUUGCAAUAGAAAUGUAUUUUCAAAAAUAAAUUGCUAUUUCUUUUCUCUCAGCGAUUCCUAAACAAUAUUCAGUCAAAAAUCUGAAGUACGACUACAGUAUACACACAGUACUACCUGUGCUUAACAUUCAGUUAGAUUGAAGAGAGCCUAAGGCAUGUUGAGAGCUCUCUGCUAUUAUUAUACAGUGAAAGAUAGAGAGAGAGAGAGAGAGAGAGAGAGAGWCAGUGUUUAAGUUGAGCACUAUCUUCAUCACAGCAUAUCAUAGGGAAAGGCAGAGAGUGUGAGUUCAGCUGAAGAGCCAAUCACUGGUAUGAAUGUUGGCUGAGAGGAGACGAGGCGUUCCUAUGUUAGGCAUUCGGCAAUCAGUGCACUGACAGCAGUGCAGGUGAAACGGGGGGCUAACAGUGCCACUCAACAGGGGAUUCCAUACUAUUAUAUAGGCUUUAAAGCAGAACAGGCACUUCUGGCACCUGUAUAUCAACCCCUGUUGCAUGUAUUUUGGAUGUAUGUAAGGUGUGCAAUGGUAUCCAAUAAAAUAGCUGAUCUCUCCCCUCGGCAUAGGGAGGGAUACUUCUGAGUUGUUUCGCCAUUACCUGAGCCAUAGUAUGGCGUUUGUGAUCACAUACUCAACAAUAGGUUAAAUCCGUUUUUCGGACACUAAUAAUCAAAGUUGCGGUAAAAGUGGUCUUUCAAAGUGUUUUAACGAGAAAAACGACUCCAAACUCAUAGAACAGGAGUACAGGGCGGGCACUACUUGUGCGCUACCAUACUCUCCCAAAAACGGUAAUUACAAUUAUAUUGAUAUUACCCGACCAUUGAAUAUUUGUGUGGACACGUGUCUAAAAAAAAUAAAUAAUGUCCAAUCGAUAUAUUUGUCGCCCGCGAUGACCAUCUGUGCCACUGACAGCCCGAACCAAAGUGACACAUCAUAAGUGAGAGCUGAGUCCAGUGACAGCUGCCAACAACACACACACAUACACUCAUACAUACCAAAGCAUAGGUAUGCUCAACAUAAGCGAAUCGACAGAAGAGUCACCGCAAACCAAUGGAUCAGUUCAAGGACUGCAUCAGAGAAAUGAUUACUACAAACUUCCAGUUGUUGUCGACGGAUCCACUAAAGGCAUAGCUCUAAUCACAACCGAUACCAAAGUUGAUGGAUCAUUACAAGAGAUGGUCUGGAGUGCCGUUCCCGUGACAGCUGUCAAUACGGCCGAACUUGUGGCCAACGCAACAAUAGUAACGGCCAAUAGUUCGCCAAACGGCUCGUCAUCGGCCCAACAGUCCGACGAAGAACACCAUUUGGGACAUUCAAGUCCUAUUAACGGCAAUAUAUCGCCGCUCAGACAACAACAACACACACCGCCGGAAAAGACACGCCAACUGAUAGUUUCGUCUUCGGGUGCAAUCAUGACAAAUGGUGACUCAACUCCUCAGACAAUUAUUGUGACCUCUGGAGAUACCAAUCAUAACAAUAAUAAUAUUAACCAUCAUAAUAACAACAACAAUACAAUAUUGCAUACGAAUGAUGUGAAUAUCAAAUCGGAACCAUUGGAUCCGUUACCGCCGGUUGCAUCGCCCGUACAAAUGGUGGACGUAAUUGCCACCGGCGGAGUCGACCGAAAUCGUGAACUGGAACCGUCACCUCCCGCUACUGUCAUAUCGCUGGCACCGGCACAGCCCUAUCAGCCGGGAACUACACAACUGACAUUUGCGGCGCCUGCCUAUGAUAUCACAGGAACCGGACAAUACACUGUACAGGUGAAUACAGGUGUGUCACCACAGUAUGCAACUGUAACGCCGGCCACCAAUGCCAUGUCCAAUGGCGGCACCGUCUACUUGACCACAACCGACUACAUCACCUACAGGGACUACUAUCCGACAACAUCGACCACCACAUCAGUCAACAACAGUGAUCAGUAUCAAACAGUGCGCCAACAUCUGAGCACAACACCGACGGCCACCUAUACGACAGCAGCUGAUACCGAAACGACAUCGUUUCUCGACCGAUACUUAAGACAACAGCCGGUCACAACUACCAGUUCUAACGGCAAUGCUACUUACAAGGCCACAAUUCAUGGCCUAACUGUCGACCUACCCUCACCUGACAGUGGCAUUGGAGACACUACUAUCACUCCCAGACAAGAGAAUGGUACUCUCCCACAGGUCAGUCAGAUAUUUGAUUACACAGAGCUGUCUCAGGCACAGGCAAUACAGAUACCGGUCGGUUCGCCAAUCAAUCAAAGCCAGAGCAGUACAGUGUCCAAUACGUCGACUGUAUCGACACCGGCCGUGAUUACCAAGGGUUCGGGCGGUCGCCGAUCGUGGCAUGAAUAUGGACGCAACUCAGAGAUCGACAAAAUUCAAAUACCAAAAAUACACUCGGACGUUGGUUUCAAGUACUACUUGGAAUCGCCUAUAUCUACGAGUCAGCGCCGGGAGGACGAUAGGGUCACAUACAUAAACAAAGGCCAGUUUUAUGGCAUCUCAUUGGAGUACAUCCCGGAUAACGACAAACCGCUCAAAAGUGCCACCGUUAAGUCACUUAUAAUGCUGGUGUUUCGCGAAGAGAAACUGCACGACGAAGAGAUCAAGGCCUGGCAGUUCUGGCACAGUCGACARCAUAGUGUCAAACAGCGCAUAAUGGACGCCGACACGAAAAAUUCGGCCGGAAUUGUCGGACCCAUCGAAGAGAUCACACACAAUGCCAUCGCCUUCUACUGGAAUCCAUUGGAAGGGCCGGCAAAAGUCAAUGUUGCCGUCCAAUGUCUUAGCACUGACUUUAGCAAUCAAAAAGGAGUUAAAGGUCUUCCACUGCACCUACAAAUUGACACAUUUGACGACUUUCGGGAGGGAAGCACACCUGUCCAUCGGGCUUACUGUCAGAUCAAAGUGUUCUGUGAUAAGGGCGCCGAAAGGAAAACACGAGACGAAGAGCGAAGAGCUGCCAAACGAAAACUGUCUGCAACUGGAAAUGGUCGCAAAAAGAUGGAGGAGAUGUAUCAUCCGACGUGCGAACGGUCAGAGUUUUACUCAAUGAGUGACCUCAUGAAACCACCGGUGCUUUUCACGCCGAGCGACGACAUCGAAAAAGUAAUCACAACAGCCGACAUUAACUUCUACGGCGGACACAAUUCAAACGAUAUGUCGUCCACUGAUUAUGAAACUGAUUCACAAUUGCCGUCCAUAGCGGCGCCUACUAUCGCAACAAUAACCGCUAACAUAGCACAGGCCGGGUAUGAUUCAGAACGUGUCGAACGAACAGUUGAUCCGUUAUCGGCGUCACUGGAAAUGGCUAUAACUUGUCCGCCAAAGAAAAUCAAAUUAGAAAGAUAUCCAAACACCAGUGAAAGAGUUCUUUUGUAUGCCAAACAAGAAAACGAAGAGAUCUUCCAUCCGUUGCAUUUAGUGCCGCCGUCUUUAGUCGGAUUAGCUCUCGCUAUUGAAAAUAAGUACAAACUGGAAGCUAAAAAUAUCAGAAAUAUUUACAAACGAUGUAAAAAAGGAAUUACCGUACAGAUGGACGACGAUAUGGUUAAACAUUAUUCACAUGAAGACACAGUUUUGCUUGAAGUCCAUCAAAUAGAUGAGGAAACACACGAUAUAACACUCGUUGAAUUUGAUAUCAACUAAAAAAAAAUAUAUGAUAUUUUGUUAUUUAAAUUAUUUUUUUAACAAUUACUAUAUAUAUAUAUUUAAAUAUAU